UGUGACCUUAUCCAAGGAGCUCUUCUGCCGACUCAUAAGAAACACUAUGACUAAUAUGAUCUCCAUCGCAAGAGCCACAGAGGACUCCAGAUACCCCACCACACAUGAGGUGAAUGCCAUGGCAAAGCGAUUGGUGGAGUACUAUCCAAUGAUAAAAGACAGGUCAUCAAACAGUGAGUGGGAGCAUGUUGCCAAAAAGCUCAGGAAGAGACUCUCAAAUGUCAGAAGUCCAAGGAAGGCCAAAGGUCCUCCUUCAAAGAAACCACUACAAGAAGUCAGUUCAGAUGUUUCAACUACUGACUAUGAUGGAGAUUCCAGUGCACCCACCAUUAUUCUGGAACAGUCAGCUGUUAGUCCCAUGGGCAUGUCAGUAGAUCUGUCACCCAGAACCAGCACCCCAGCACAGAACCGGGACAGCAGUAAUGAAGAAUCUUUUUCAGUUGAUGUCAUGGACAGCCAGAAAAUCCAAGCAAGACACUACAAGACCCUCCAAGAAAUGUACAAGUCAAAAAAGCCAAACAAAUCUGCGGUGACUCAUUUGCUGAACCUGGAAUUUGACUCUCGAAGAUGCUUCAUCACCUCUGAUGUUUUAAAGGAGCAAGACAGAGCAGCAAAGAUUCUAGAAGCUUACCCUUGUUUCAGAGAACCGGAUCAUGUGCUGGAUGAGCUGCAGCGAAUCCUCCAACCAACCAACUCCCAGUACAUCUCAGAGGUGCAGAACAGAUGGAAAACUUUCUAUUCCAAGGUCCAAUUUUAUGGAAUGAUGAAGAGGGCCAUGAAGCCUCCUAAAACUUUGAAUGGAGUGGAGCAUAUCACAGCUGUCUUCAGGGCCCUGCCACUUCUCUUUCCAUCCAGCACUAUGCCACCGAAGAAACUGGGCUCAAGCAGCGAGGCUCUUUUCCAUAUCCUUGCGACUUCUGAGGAUCCUGAUGGUUUCAUGCGGCAGCGACCCCUGUCUUCUCCGGUUCUGCUAGUUUCUGAGGACAACUGCAUGAUCGCCAUUGGAAACACACCAGUGACCACCUUCGCCAUGGACAGACUUAAUGAGGGACUUCUCUACCUCAUGGCAUAUUACUAUGCCCUGCACAUGACCUACCCAAAGUGCAUUUCUACACUACUGUCAGUACUGCAGACAGAGGUACUUCAAGAUUCAAUUCAUGAGCAGGAUUUGACCCCCCAUUACAAAAAAGCGAUUGGUGAAUGGAAGUCAUUCAUUGAGUGAGUACCUGUGUUUGUCCCUCUGCCCCACUCUGAUGUAACAAUUUCAAAGAAAGUUGAUGUUCUGUUUAAAAAAAUGUUCAUCACAGUUAGAUACAUUGUUGGUGAGAUUGAAAACCUUCCCUGUGGGAUAUUAUGCUGCAAAGCAGAUGCAACAUGUUUAGUUGCUAUGAUAUGCUGCUACAAUAGCUGAUGUAUUAUUAUUUUGAUAGUGAGGUUCAAAUCAAAACUGACUUUUCAAUCUGUUUGAUUAUGAUGGAUCUGGAACAUGUAAGUGCUCCUUUUUUGGAUGUUGAUUGUGAACAUUUGUAUUGCAAAGUUAAUAAAAA